CGAGAACUGCGUUGAAAUUGGAAGAGAGAGAGAGAGAGAGAGAGAGUUGGGGGGACGGAGAAGGCGGAGAAGGAGAGGGAGAGAGCAGAGAGACGGACUACAUAAGCAGAGGAGUAAUACAAGGAGGUUUUGUUGGUACGGCUUGACUUAGAAAUAGUGCACCUUAGUUCUCUAUCUUCCUUCCCGUUCUUCCUUCGCUUUCUCACUCUUUGACGGUGCUACACUUUUGUAUGAUGGAAUCACUCUCGCCGGUGAUCGGGCCGAAACUGGUUCUUCCGGCGAAGAUUUCACUCAGCGAUCAUGUCACAUUCGGCUCGGUUCUUCCGAGUUUAAGACCGAACCUGAACCGAAAAUUUUGCAAAAAAUUGCAAGUUCACGUGGAGAAGAAGAGUCCAACCUCCGGAAUUGAUUUCAGUGAUCCUGAUUGGAAAUCAAAGUACCAGAAGGACUUCGAGGCUCGAUUCAACAUUCCUCACCUCACCGAUGUUUUCGAGGACGCUGCUGCCUAUCCUUCAACUUUCUGUCUUAGGAUGAGGACCCCAGUAACUGAAGAUUUUGCUGAUGGUUAUCCAUCUGAUGAAAAGUGGCAUGGAUACAUUAAUAACAAUGACCGAGUACUCCUUAAGGUUAUAAACUACUCCUCACCUACAUCUGCUGGUGCUGAGUGCAUUGAUCCUGAUUGCACAUGGGUGGAGCAAUGGGUUCAUCGUGCUGGUCCUCGGGAGAAGAUAUACUUCAAACCAGAGGAUGUAAAAGCAGCAGUUGUAACUUGCGGGGGACUUUGCCCUGGUCUUAAUGAUGUCAUUCGACAGAUUGUCAUCACCCUUGAAAUAUAUGGUGUGAAAAAGAUUGUGGGUAUUCCUUUUGGUUAUCGUGGAUUCUCUGAAGAAGAAUUAGCGGAAAUGCCUUUAUCAAGGAAAGUGGUUCAAAAUGUUCAUCUUUCUGGUGGAAGCUUGUUAGGAGUUUCACGCGGAGGACCUAGUGUUAGUGAAAUUGUGGACAGUAUGGAGGAAAGAGGAAUCAAUAUGCUUUUCAUCCUGGGUGGCAAUGGUACGCACGCUGGGGCCAAUGCAAUCCAUGAUGAGUGCCGUAAAAGAAGGUUAAAGGUGGCUGUAGUUGGUGUGCCAAAAACUAUUGACAAUGAUAUUCUGCUGAUGGAUAAGACUUUUGGUUUUGAUACUGCUGUUGAAGAAGCUCAACGAGCUAUUAAUUCUGCAUACAUUGAGGCACAUAGUGCUUACCGUGGUAUUGGGAUUGUGAAAUUGAUGGGUCGUAGUAGCGGAUUUAUAGCUAUGCAUGCAUCCCUUUCUAGUGGACAAACUGAUAUAUGUUUGAUACCAGAGGUACCUUUUCGUUUACAUGGACCUCAUGGUGUCCUGAGUCAUCUGAAGUAUUUGCUUGAGACAAAGGGAUCAGCUGUGGUCUGUGCAGCUGAGGGAGCAGGACAGAAUUUUCUUGAGAAAACUAAUGCUAAAGAUGCAUCAGGAAACAUUGUACUUGGAGACAUUGGUGUACAUAUACAACAAGAGACAAAAAAAUAUUUUAAAGAGAUUGGCAUCCCAGCUGAUGUAAAAUAUAUCGACCCCACAUACAUGAUCCGUGCUUGUCGUGCAAAUGCAUCAGAUGGAAUAUUAUGUGCUGUACUGGGUCAAAAUGCUGUUCAUGGUGCGUUCGCUGGAUAUAGUGGCAUCACCGUUGGCAUAUGCAACACUCACUAUGUCUACCUUCCCAUUCCUGAAGUUAUAUCUUACCCCCGAGUUGUCGACCCUAACAGCCGCAUGUGGCAUCGUUGCUUGACAUCAACAGGGCAACCAGACUUCAUCUGAUUAAAGAGGCAUUUUAAUUUAUCCUUCACAGAUACAAGGGUCAUAUUAUAGAGUACAUUGAAGAGUAGAAAGCCUGCUUCAGCCUUCAAAAGGUCUCCAUUUAUUCCGUUCACCCAAUGUUCUUGAAAGAAAUAAUAUAGAGGAUUGCAGUUCCCCAAUUCUUUCAGCUGUAAAGCAUCCGUGUGCCAUUUCUCAGAGGCACGGCAGAAUAAUAUAUCCCAAAGACCCACGGGGUUUUGUUAUUUUGUAAUCUUUUGGAGUACAUGGCUUUAUCUGAAAUUUUGAUUUUGGCCCUUUUGUAUCUGAAAAAUAUGUUUGCAAGAUGCAAAACCAGGGCGUACUUUGUUCACAAGGUUCCUUCCCUUCUCGGGGUUUAGGAAAGCUAAAAGGUACGAUAUGUACAAGGAAAUACAUUUAAAUUCAUAUACCGAAAUUUAAGUCAUUUU